AUGGUGAAUACAGCGAGGCCGGCAGAGGUCUUGCGACGGGUGAAUCCAGCAGCACGUGCAUCUAUCAUCCCCGUGCUGCCCAGCACUUUGGGCCUGCCGCAAUCGCGCUCGCGGGCUGGGCGGGACGAGUGGUGGCAAGCUGCCCACGUACUUGAGGCGGAGACCAAGCACCGUGAACACGUCAGUGCGGUGAUGCGUCCCGCGUGGCAAACGGCUGAAGCGCAAGCACUGACUUGA